UUAUAAUUUGGUCAUGUUAACGCGAAAAAAAUAAAAAUAACAGGUCUGCCUCGAUAACCCUACAUGAUAUAUCUUUCUUUUUAGGACUGCUCAGCUGGUCUUGAGUAUGAGGUGAAAGCUUGAGAGCACGUGGAAGAGUAAAACAAAUGACUUCGUUCACUUCACCCCAAAGGCGUACCUGUGCAUCUAGUUAGGAAGAACAUUUUAUAACUUACCUCAACGUCGAGCAUGGUCAGGGUUAUUGUGUUGUCUAUUCCGAGAAAGAUGUGCCUGUAAAUUUAAUCUUAUUUCAACAAGAGUUGUUAAGUUGAUUCUUAUCAGUCUGCUCAUUAGAGUUGAUGAUAACAUGAAAUAUUCAUGGUUAAUGCUCGUCGUUUUGUUCUUCUUUUUCCUAGCUUAAAACAUCCUAGACAAUCUCUUUGGGAUGGGUUAUUGUUAGUGGCCUAUUCAUGUUCUAUUUGCUGGGGCUGCUGAUAUUCAUCGGGGAUUGAAAAGUCUUGUUUGAUGACUUUGUUUUGUUUUCUUCUUCUUUCUUUAUUCUUUUGGGGAUGUGGUAUUCUCCUCGUUCUAUUUACACCAUUUGCUCCCUACAACAUUUAGUCUUUCAGAAAAGUUAAUGCAUGCAUAAAUAACAAGAACAGGAGGGGAGGGGGAGGGGGUUGACUCUAUGCAUUUGCUUGCGAGUAAAAAUUGGUAAGCACCUGAAAAAGGUCCGGUGCUGAAUCUAAAUUGGUAAGAUGUGAUAUACUGAUAUCCAGAAAGAUAACUUAAUCUAUCUAUUGAAGUUAAGCAUUUAAAUGCGUAUACAGUGUUUUUGGAACAUUAAAUAUCUAUUUGAUCAGAAUCUGUGAACCUAAAACCACAAUGAAUACAAAUGCAAGUUUGUCAUUGUAAACAUUGCAUCGAUGAUGUAUCACAAGUGUUGCUAGAAAACGUCAAGUUAAAAUUGAAGCACCAUGAGUUUCUCUAUGGCUUGGUUUACCAACACUCACCGUCUGUUGGUGCGGCAAGUUAUGAACUAGCUGGCUAGUUUUUUUGCUUCCUUGGUUUUAGAAGCACCAUGAAGAUUCAGGCCCAAAUCUUGCUUAUAAUACCUGAAUACCCGAAUACCCAAGAUCCUAGCACCUUGCCCUGAAUGGUCGUGUAUAUUUGUUAUGGCUAUUCAGAUUUUAUGCAUCCAUAUUUGGUAGAAUUCUUUAAUAAAGUACAUGCUAUUAGAUGGAAGUUCUUUUUAAAUCUAUUCAAGUCUGAAUAAACUGAUAUUCCAAUUUUCAUGACUUUGAUGUGCUCUUACUCUUCUGCUGUUCCUGACUUUCUUUUUAGGGUCUAUUCUAACGUGCAAUAUAAUUAUUUUUUUUUUUGUGGUGAUAGAAGUGAUUUUUUUUGGUUGGCCAAAACCCCAUGGAUGCCAAUAAUUGGAGGCCCGCUGCCCCAGGUGGAGAACCUGUGAUGGACACAGGUGAUUGGAGAGCUCAAUUGCAGCCUGAGUCACGGCAAAGAAUAGUCAACAAAAUAAUGGAGACAUUAAAGAGGCAUCUUCCGUUUACUGGUCAGGAGGGAUUACAAGAACUCAAGAAAAUUGCCGUGCGGUUUGAGGAAAAGAUUUAUACUGCCGCGACCAAUCAGUCUGACUAUCUGCGUAAAAUAUCUCUGAAGAUGCUUACAAUGGAGACCAAGUCUCAAAAUACCAUACCCACUGGCAAUGAUAACAAACCCCUGGAUCCAGGAGGUAAUAAUGCUAUGCAGCCUUCAAUGAUGCAAACCGUCUCUGGUCUUCAACAGAACCAACCAUCUUCUGUUCAACAGUCAACACAACCAAUGGUCCAGCAACAUCCACAAUCAGUCCUCAGGCAGCAGCAACAACCUCAACAGUCAGCUGGUAUUCAUCAGCAGCAAACACCAAUGAUGCUGCAGCCACUAUUGCCUCCACAACAGCAGCUAAUGGGGCAACAAUCAAAUACCACUAACAUGUCGCAAAAUCAAUUAAUUGGACAGCAAAACACUGUUGGGGACUUGCCGCAGCAGAGAUUGCUGGGGCAGCAGAAUAACCUUCAAAAUCUGCAGCAGCAGCAGUUAAUGGCUCAACAAAAUAACCUCUCAAGCAUGCAUCAGCAACAGUUGGGCCCUCAAAGUAAUGUCACUGGUUUACAGCAACAGCCGUUGCUUGGAGCUCAGCCUCGUAACUCAAGCAUGCAAUCUAAUCAGCCCUGUCUACACAUGCUGCAACAGCCCAAGGUUACGCUGCAGCAGCAAGCACAACAAAGUGGAAGUGCUUUGUUGCUGAAUCAAGGGCAGCAGUCACACUCACAGCUGCCACAGCAGCAAUUGAUGGCACAGAUUCAAUCACAGCCUGGACAGUUGCAACAGCAAUCAAAUCCAUCACAACAUGAUCUGCAGCAAAGGCUUCAAGCAUCAGUCUCCUUGCUUCAACAGUCAAAUGUGAUUGAUCAGCAAAAACAGUUAUAUCAACCUCAAAGAGCCCUUCCAGAAACGUCCUCAACGUCCCUAGAUUCUACAGCAGAGACUGGACAUGCAAAUGGUGCUGAUUGGCAAGAGGAGAUCUACCAAAAGAUCAAAGUUAUGAAGGAAACGUAUUUGCCUGACAUAAAUGAAAUGUACCAGAGAAUUGCUACCAAGUUACAGCAGCAUGACCCUCUUCCGCAACAACCAAAGUCAGAACAGCUUGAAAAGCUGAAGGUAUUCAAGGUCAUGUUGGAGCGCGUGAUAGCAUUCUUACAGGUCUCUAAAAACAACAUCACACUUAAUUUCAAGGAGAAAUUGGGUUUCUAUGAGAAGCAGAUUUUAGGUUUUCUAAACCCAAGCAGAUACAGGAAGCCUGUUCCUAAUCUACAGCAAGGACAACUUCCCCAACCUCAUAUUCAACCUAUGCAGCAACCCCAAUCUCAAGUUCCUCAAUUGCAGUCCCAUGAAAAUCAACUGAAUCCCCAGUUGCAAUCAAUGAAUAUGCAAGCUUCUGUACCAAAGAUGCAGCAGAACAAUAUGUCAAGCUUGCUGCAUAAUUCUCUUUCAUCUUUAUCUGGGGAUUCAACGUCACAAUCAAACAUGAUGAAUCCAAUACAACCAGGCUCCAAUUUAGAUUCUGGACAGGGAAAUGCACUGAGCUCAUUGCAGCAGACACCUGUAGGAUCUGUACAACAGAAUCUCGUGAGCAUUUCCCAACCAACCAAUGUUAACACAAUGUCAACACAAAGUGGGGUGAGCAUGCUGCAGCCAAAUAUCCCCCUUCAGUCGAAUUCCAAUAUGAUUCAACACCAGCAUCUAAAGCAGCAGCAGCAUGAUCAACAGAUGCUACAAACACAGCAGCUUAAACGAUUUCAGCAACGCCAGAAUUUAAUACAGAAUCAACAGAUGCUGCAGCAGCAGCAGCAGCAAUUACACCAGCAAGCCAAGCAGCAGUUGCCUGCACAGAUGCAGACACACCAAAUUCCACAGCCGCAACAGAUGAAUGAUAUAAAUGAGAUGCGACAGGGGAUUGGAAUUAAGCCAGCAGUCUUCCAACAGCAUCUCCCAACAGGUCAACGCACAGCUUUCCCACGUCAGCACAUGAAACCAGCACCUUCAUUUCCUAUUUCUUCACCUCAACUACCUCAGCAUGCUUCCCCUCAAUUACAACAUUCAUCUCCUCAGAUUGACCAGCAAAAUCUACCAUCUUCUGUAACCAAAACUGGAACACCUCUGCAAUCUGCGAACUCGCCUUUUGUUGUCCCAUCUCCUUCAACUCCUUUAGCUCCAUCUCCUAUGCCAGGAGAUUCUGACAAACCAGUUUCUGGUAUUUCCUCACUCGUAAACACUGGAAAUAUUGUACACCAACCAUCUGUUGCACAAGCAGCGGCUCCAUCCCUUGCAAUUGGCACUCCUGGGAUAUCUGCAUCACCUUUGCUUGCAGAGUUUACCAGUCCUGAUGGUGCUCAUGGUGGUGCUUUGACAACUGUUUCUGGCAAGUCAAAUGUUACGGAGCAACCACUUGAGCGCUUGAUUAAAGCGGUGAAAUCUCUGUCUCCCAAAGCACUUAGUGCAUCUGUCGGUGACAUUGGCUCCGUUGUCAGUAUGAUUGACAGAAUUACUGGUUCUGCAGCUGGUAAUGGAUCUAAAGCUGCAGCUGGUGAGGAUUUGGUAGCAAUGACAAAAUGUCGCCUUCAGGCAAGAAAUUACAUCACCCAAGAUGGGAUGACCGGAUCAAGGAAAAUGAGGCGCCAUACAAGUGCCAUGCCCUUGAAUGUUGUAUCAUCAGCUGGCAGUGUAAGUGACAGUUUUAAGCAGUUUACUGGUCCAGAAACUUCUGAUUUGGAGUCAACUGCAACAUCAAGUGUCAAGAGGCCUAGAAUUGAGGCCAAUCAUGCCCUUUUGGAAGAGAUAAGGGAAAUAAAUCAGCGACUUAUAGACACGGUAGUUGAUAUUAGUGAUGAAGAUGUUGAUUCAACUGCAGUAGCUGCUACUGCUGAAGGGGGUGAAGGAACCAUUGUCAAAUGCUCAUUUAGCGCUGUGGCUCUUAGUCAAAAUUUGAAAUCACAGUAUGCUUCAGCGCAAAUGUCACCAAUUCAGCCCCUCAGAUUGCUUGUGCCUACAAAUUAUCCAAGUUGCUCACCUAUACUGUUAGACAGGUUUCCAGUUGAAGUGAGUAAAGAGUACGAGGAUCUGUCAAUAAAAGCUAAAUCCAGGUUCAGCAUCUCUCUCCGAAGCCUUUCACAACCCAUGUCACUUGGAGAGAUAGCAAGGACUUGGGAUGUCUGCGCCCGUGUGGUUAUUUCAGAGCAUGCCCAGCAGAGUGGCGGUGGCACCUUCAGCUCAAAAUAUGGUUCUUGGGAAAACUGCCUGAGUGCAGCUUGAUCAUCUUUAAAGCCGAGGAAGCUCUGAGCACGAUUGUCUACUCAGGGCAGAGAUGGAAGAUGUCAUGGGCUGCUUCUCCUGUGAUGACCAAACGGGCUUUUUCGGAUUCACUGGCAGGGAUUUCUCAGAAGCACAAAUCGUCUGAAGUUCACUUUCUGAAGAAUUCAGGGUUCUCGUAUCAUAGAAUAAUCAUAUUUGUUGUUUGGUGAAACACAAAAAUGUAAUCUUCUGUUUGUAUUAUCGGAGGCGUUCUUGGCUACCGGCAUCUGUGAAAUAAAGCGAAUUCCUCGUCUUCUGUUAAAUAUGACAAA